AUGGUCGCUUUCCCCAAGUCCGCAGGGCCAUGCUCCGAUGCAGGCCGUAUAUCAACAAAAUCACUGUUAUUCCUUCUCGCACUCUCACCCUUAUCCACGCUAGCUACCCCGGAUCCUCUCCCUCCGGCGGCAGCGGCGGCAGCUCCGGUGCCUACACGGCCCGGCGAUGUGUUAGGGCCUGGGCCCGUAUUGGGGGGUGGUGAAGCUUCCGAGGGGCCUGGUGCCGUAGGAGGGAGGUCUGAUCUUGUGUUUGUAGGUUCCCCUUUGCCCCCCCCCUGGAAACUUACCGGAGCUCGUGGUCACAAACUCACGCUCAUAGUCACUGCGCCACGUCCUUCAUCAUGGAGCCGAUCGGUGAGAAAGAUUCCCUUCGAAAGGGUGAGUUCGGUUUUACUAAUUUUAUCGUAGCUAUCCUUACCAGCUCCGUCGGCUGGACAUCCAUCCCAAUACUCUGGUUGCCACCGAGGAUGAUCCGCAACUCCGGCCCCGCCCCCGGCAUCGCCUGUCUUCUGGUGCUCGGCCGAUCACGCGUUUGGUGGAUCGGUCUAGAGAGACGGUUGAGGAUAUGCUCUACGCCCACCGAGCUCACAACCCCAGAACAUUCUCGGACGAUGACUGGACCACUGAAAUCAUUCCGAUGCCCAACAUAACCGACAAAACAACAGUGCUGGGUCUUGCCCGGAUCGCAGCGGACGCGUACAUUGAGGCCGAGGGCACGGAGGAUUGGCUGGAUAUUGGAAAGCCUUAUAAUUUGACAAGCGAUUUUGGAUGGGAAGGGGACGGGCUUCGUGGUCACAUAUUUGCGGACGAAGCCAACACGACGGUUAUAGUUGGCCUCAAGGGUACAUCCCCGGCUGUUUUUGAUGGGGCCGAAACGACUACGAAUGACAAGAUCAACGACAACCUUUUUUUUUCGUGCUGCUGUGCGAGGGUUUCAUACUGGUGGAAAACUGUUUGCGAUUGUUUUUCCGGAACGGCGUAUACCUGCGAUUCCGUUUGCCUCAAGGAUUCCAUAUUAGCCGAGAAUCGUUACUACCGUGCGGCCCUGAACCUGUACACAAAUGUGACGGCCAUGUACCCUGAUGCCAAUAUCUGGCUUGUCGGCCACUCACUUGGCGGAUCCGUUUCUUCCUUGCUCGGCCAGACAUAUGGGCUUCCGGUGGUUACAUUUGAAGCUGUUGGCGAGGCCUUACCGGCUCAGCGGAUCGGAUUGCCGAAACCUCCGAGUGAUAACCCGCGGCAUGCUAAUGGUAUGGCUGUAUUUCACUUUGGAAAUACCGCGGAUCCGAUCUACAUGGGGACGUGUAAUGGGCCGACGGCCGGGUGCUCGAUUGCAGGAUAUGCUUUGGAGACCCGAUGCCAUGGUGGAUAUGAGUGUGUGUACGAUGUUGUCAUUGACCAUGGCUGGAGGAUGGGCCUCGGAUAUCAUAAAAUCCAAGCCGUUAUUAAAGAUAUUAUUGAGAAGUACGAUCACGUCCCCCAAUGUAUCUAUGAUGAUGGCUGUGUGGACUGCUUCCUUUGGAAAUUUAUCGACGGAAAUAAGACGACAACCACUUCCACCACGAGUGUAUCGACGACUACUUCCACAAGCACUUGCAAAACACCCGGAUGGUGGGGCUGUCUCGACGAAAGAACCACAACAACCGUGGUCACGACGACCUCCACAUCCACGAGAACAAAGCCCACAACAACAUGCACUCAUUACGGGUGGUUCGGCAACUGCCUCGACCCAAGCCCAACAACCACAACUACCGCCUUGACUACAACAACCACAACCACAACCCCUACCAUAACCACCAUUAUCACUAAAACCGCCACAAGGACCCGCACCUCCACUACCCCGGCCAAAACCUGCACGCACUACGGCUGGUUCGGCGGCUGUCUAGACCCUUCCUCAGCCACAAAUUCGAACCCUCCAGUUACACCGAGUAGCUCCCCCUCACCGCCAGCGGAAAAAUGCCGGAAGUUUAUCUUUUUCGGUCACUGCUCUACCACCACGGCCCUUGCAUCGUCAACCGGAGCACCCCCGCAGCGCACGAAGAGCUCGGAAUGUAAACGCCCGGGAGUGUUUUGGGGGUGUUGGGAUGCCGACUGGAAUGCCGAACUUUGAUUUGAUGAGAAGUGAGUAGUUGGAUCAUUGUUUUUUUGUUUUUUUUAGCACCGGAGUUAGUUUUUUUUUCCUGUUUGUUCCCUUUUGUUCUGCUCUCGAAAUCAAACCGGUUGUUUGGAUGGCAUUUACCUUUUACGGUAUUGUAGGUAUGGAUUUUAACUCGUUUCAUUUUAUUCCCCCCCCCCCCCCCAGGUUAUGUACUCUGGUACUACCGUGGGUUCGAGUCACUAUCGGAUAUCCAGCAUGCAUGUAAGCUUGGGAAUUUUUAGAUGUUAUUUUCCUCAUUUAUUGCCAUGAUAAGUUUGGUUGUUUUACUUGGUCGUGGAGGGACAUGCAUACACGCAAAUGGGAGUAGAAAUGUCAUAAGUGCUUUCGUUUACUUGUGGCGGGUGUCUUUAUGUUACCGGUACCGGCAUUGUGGCUUCCAUAGUCUGGUAUUCCUCGAUCGGUCUUGUGCAUCUUAUCGAGUGAGGCAUCUGAUCGCGUGAUAGGCCAUCUGGUCAGAUUUUUUUUUUCUAGUCUUAGCACUGAUGCUUGGCAACAACGAGGCAUCUUGAUCAAACCAGGUGGGAGGCAAACAGGAGAAAAGAGAGCAAAAAUAGAAUCAGCUAAAUCUGACUUGGCCGAAAGUAUAAACA